AUGAAUUCACUCUGGUCCUCGCGGGCUGCCAACGAUGGCUCCGACGCUGCGGAACAGCCAACUCCGCCACCGACUGGCGAUGUCGCAGAUGCUGUCGUUGCUGAUGUCGGGCCAGAGGUGUCGAACAAGUCUCCUCCACCUGCGUCUCGACCGCCUCUGCAGCGAAACUCUUCUGCGCCUACGCCCGUCCCGGUACCCGCGUCUGUCCCUCCAGCUCCGAUGCCUCCUGCCCCACUCGACGUGCCGCAGCCGACCGAUUCACUUUCUCUAUUCCAACUAAGACGUAUUGUCGCCGAGUUCAAUCGUGGUGACCCCGUUGCCUACGACUUCGUCUAUAGCGAUAUGGGAUCCCACGACGAGGAGAUCGACGAGUGGUUUGUCUACCAAUUCUGGCAAUGGGUGCGUCUCAAUGCUGCUCAACGAGCGUUUGAGUGGCAGUGGCAGCAUGAAUACGAUAUUCAGACAAGUUGGGAAGAGACUCAAUACGAGACGAGGACAAAAUUCACACAGGACGCCUUGGACGGGCUUCGUGUGAAAGAACCAGCCCAGCGGUCAGCUUCAAUUGGCAAACUACUAUACUUGGUGCUAGGUAGAUGGGGCGACACAUCCACGCCUGCAACUGUAGGAGACAGGAGGUCUGCCGCAAGUGCUACCCAGCUCGAAGCCAUCCGAUCAAGCAUUACUUUCCUAACGUCACUUGAUGGCAUUGCUACCGUAUGGACGGCGGUUCAAAAUUGUUUCGAUAUUUUCUGGUCCGAUGAUCCGCGACUUGUUCAACCUGGCGGCGCACAGGAGGCUCAAGACGAGCUCAUAAACCUGAUGACCAUCAUGUAUGUCAUCAUUCAAGAAGCGCUGAGCUUUCCUAAAGAGCUUGAAGCCACCAAAACCAAACUACUCGCCUUGAAGCCGGGUUUGGUUGACUUCAUGUCUAUAGCAACUUCUAAGUUACGCUGGGAUGAUGGCAACCUGAUGCCUUCAAACCAGAUCUUUCUCCUGUACUGGAAAUCCAUCCUCCUGGUUCUAGGUGGCACCCAAGAGAUUGACGAGGCAAAAAGAGCGACGGCUGAGUCACCCAAUGCAAAGUCCAAAGACAUCAUUACUGCAUCGCCUCUAGACUAUCAUGUCUUCCGACAAGAGCUUACUUCCAAAUACCCGGCCUAUGUUCCACCGCGGACACUGAUUCCCCUCGAACCGGAGAAGAAUACAUUACUACCACCACUGCCAAAUCAACCUACCAGGAAUAGUGCCUCCAAUGGUAUUCUUCCAGCACCCCCGAAUACGCAAAGCGGCGGUGCUUCUAUCUUGCAUCAGCCUGUACAUAUUGCGACACCCGCACCAUCCCCGCCGCCAUCCCCCGGCGUUGGAGGCAAAGGCGGCAAAAAGCAGAAUUAUCAGACGAACCAAAACUUUCCAUUCAUGUACCCCCCGUUGGAUGCCACAAGCAAUAGUGCUGGUGGGAAAGGUGGCGCGGGUCUACAAGAACAACUUGUGGGACGAAAGUGGGAGGGGAGUGACAUACCCGCGUCGAUUCUAGAAGCUGGCGAGCUGUUCUCCAGACGAGUCCGAAUGACACGUGCUACACGUCAACUUUGGGAGGAACGAGAGAGCUUCCUCAAGUUUGAGAGAGGCUGGGAAACAGAUGGAAGUGAUAGUGAUGUUGAUGAACUCGACCUCGACGGCCUCACUCUUGAAGAGAAGCAAGAAAUUGCCGCGUUGAGGGCGGAGACAAAAGCAGAGGAACGGAGAGAUGCCGGGUAUGCAGUUCAGGAACCGGAAAUCGACUGUGGGCCGACAGGAAAGGUCAGCGAUGAGGUUAGACAGCGUCUGCUUGCUGUUGAGAGCUUCUAUAAAGAAUCUCUUCCUCAUUUACAGUCACUUGUAAUUGUUCUUUUGAGGCCAAUCCUCUUGAACGUUACGGCUGUUCUGUCGCAGCCUGCUGCAGCUCAACAGCAUCCAAGCAUGGCCGGAAGAGGUGCCAAUGGCAUGGUGAACGGCGGUCCUGGACCAAACAGGCAACAGCAACCCCAAGACCCAUCCUCCGCAGUUUCAGGUGGCCCUCCAGAACUUCCGGAGAUGUCUCCAGAAGAAGUUGACGCUGCACGAUCGCGGGAGAUCACAACUAAAGCCAUUACAGGAAUUCUUCUACUGUUGUUGAAAUGGCUAAAGAUUUCACACGUCCUUAAGUUUGAAUACAUGACACAGCUUCUACUCGACUCGAACUACCUGCCCCUAGUUCUGAAGCUGUUUGCUCAUCAAGACAUACAGCAGGUCGUGGAUAGCAAGACCGACCGGCUUGAGAACAGCUUCUUUCACUUCUGCAACUUGCGCUCGAAAUACAAGGACAAGCCUGCCGCCCAGCCAGAACCGGAGGAGGAGAGCGAAGAUGAAGCGGCACCACCGCCUAUUAAGAGACGACGUUCACCCCCUCGACCGCCCACCACUGUCCAUCAUCAAGGCGACGGGAAUUCCCAACUCGAGGGUCAGGCCGUAGCCCGGCCCGAAGUCGACGAGCUCGGAUAUCCUGUCAAUGACCUUCCGGAUGAGCCUAUCACAGACUUCUCAAGAAGAAAUUUCUUUUCCCUCAUCAAUUACCUCCGAAUAAUGCAAAAGAUCUGCAAGCACAAAGCUCACAGAAACCUUCUACUGGUACAAUAUAAGUCGGCGAACAUCCUUCGCAAGUCUUUGAAGGUCCCCCAACCUGAACUUCGGCUUUAUACUUUGAAGCUGUUCAAGAACCAAGUGCCCUAUUGCGGCCGUAAGUGGCGGCAAAGCAACAUGCGUGUCAUCACGGCAGUCUACCUGCACUGCAGGCCAGAACUGCGCGAUGAGUGGCUCGCUGGCAGCGACAUCGACGCCGAGGUCGACUCGGCGCUCCCGUUGGAGCAGGCACUGCGUAGCUUGACGCACUGGUUCAAUGUCCGUAGAUACCCGGACAAGAUUGCGGCCGAGCUGCGGGCUGCGCUACGCGAGGAACAAGAUUUUUUCACGAGGGAGCUAGAAAAGCUGGAUAUGAACUGGGCCGAUGUGGGAAGCGAGGAGGGCGUAAACAGUGAGUGGGAGCACGAGGCAGCCGGAUGGUCAUGA